GCCCAUGUAAUUAGCUUUUUCUGUGUAUUGCGUCCAAGACUUUAAGGUUUUCACUUUAUCUUGAGAAAGAAUUGGAUUACAAUAAGAGCUCAAAGAAUCCUUGUUUCUCUAACUUUGUCUCUGAAAAACAUUUCUGUUUACUUUUCAUAUAAACUUUUCUACAAUUACAAUGUCUGGAGGAAAAUCUGGUGGUAAGGCAGCUGUUGCCAAGUCUGCUCAAUCUCGUUCUGCCAAGGCUGGUUUGGCCUUCCCUGUCGGUCGUGUUCACCGUUUGUUGCGUAAGGGUAACUAUGCUCAACGUGUUGGUGCUGGUGCUCCUGUCUACUUGGCCGCCGUUUUGGAAUAUUUGGCUGCCGAAAUUCUCGAAUUAGCUGGUAACGCCGCCCGUGACAACAAGAAGACUCGUAUUAUUCCCCGUCAUCUUCAACUUGCCAUCCGUAAUGAUGAAGAAUUGAACAAGCUUUUGGGCCAUGUUACUAUUGCUCAGGGUGGUGUUGUUCCUAACAUCAACGCUCACCUUUUGCCCAAGCAAUCCGGCAAGGCUAACCCCAGUCAAGAGUUUUAAAACACUGUAUCUGUGUUGUAAAAAAUCAUAGAACAUGUUGGAGCUCUAGAUGAUUAUGUAUGUAUAUUAAUGAGCAUUUCUUUUUUAAUAUAAUUUCCUUUUGUGGGUAUAUAUAUAACAGCUUCUAAAAUCGUAUGCCUUGUGCAAAUGUGAAGCAACAAAAUUC